AUGUCAACAGAAGUUGUGAAUAUUGAAAAUGAACUUGAAGCUCAAUGUCGUACUUACAAGCUUGAAAAGGAUUUUGCUUCGAAAACAGAAGCGGAUAUAAAUAAUGAAAAGAAACGAUUGAAUGCUCUUGAAGAAGAAAAACAUUUAAUAGAAAGCCAGGAUCUGAAAACUCAACAAGAAUUGAUGACAAAAAGGGCAUUAAUUGCUACAGAAAAAAAGAAGUGUGAAGAAGUUCAAAAGCGUUUAAAGGAGUUGGAGGCCGAAAUUGAAACGUACAAAGAAAAAGGUAUUCAAAUAGAAGACACGCUUAAAAGAUUGGAUUUGAACAUUGUUACUUCACCUGAACUUCUUAUUGAGGAAUUAAAAAAAUUGGAAAAAAAUCGAUUAGAUGUGGAAAAGAAGUUGGAGGAUACCCAAAAAACUAAGCGAAAAACUGAAUAUGAAGUAGCUGAAAUACUCGCAAUGGGUCAACGAAUUGAUGCUCUUGGAGAAGACUUGGAAAAGUUGGAAGAGUUUAAACGAAGAAUGCCUGAAAUGAGAGGGAAUGAAGAUAAAAUAAUUCAAGAAGUUAAUAAUCUCGAGAAAGAAAAGAAUGAGAUGCGUAAUAAAUUGGAGCAUAUCAAUAAAGGAGCUGUUGAAGAACGCACAAACAUUAAAGAAAAAAUUCUGGCUACACGGAUCGAAGUGGAAGCAAUUAAUCAAAAAAUUAAAAAUUUGCAAAGUGAUGAAAAGGAGCUUUCCAAUCGUCUUUUUAAAAUAAAGGAAAAUAUUCGUGAAAAUAUGUCAAAAAAUGAGGAAAUGGAUCGAAAAUUUGUUUUGACAACGGAACGUUUUGAUGAAAUAAUUAGAAGUCGAUUAAAUGAUCUUAAAAUGUUGAAAAAGAAGGUUUGA